AUGCCUGUGCUGUGUGUAGGUGUCUUCGAGGGACUCAACGUCGACAUUGAAGACGAACUCGGUAAGCUGCUCAUGGACGAAGAGACUAUUGACCGGUUACACAAAAUAGCACACUUUAUGGGGAAGAUCAAAGACGAUGCCUAUCUCGCACGUUACAUUGAAAUCAGAUCACGAGAUACCCUCUCCUCACUUAUCUCACUGUCAUACGAUGAUAAA